AUGUCGGUCAUUUUGAAACAAGGCAUUUUGUUCUACGCGAAAGGCCGAGUUGUUCAUGGAUUCGGUCGGGGUUCGAAAAAGUUGGGCAUUCCCACCGCCAAUCUGGAAGAUGCGGUCGUUGCACGUCUACCUGCUUCGGUUAACACGGGGAUUUACUUCGGUUGGGCAAGAAUUGAUAAUGGUCCAAUCUAUAAAGCGGUCGUGAGCAUUGGUUGGAAUCCGUAUUUCAAAAAUUCCAAACGUUCUUUCGAGGCUCAUUUGUUACACAAGUUUGAGGAGGACUUCUAUGACAGUCAACUACAACUAAAUAUCCUGAAGUAUCAUCGGGCAGAGAAAAAUUUUGAAUCUCUCGGUACUUAUUUGCUUACUUUGCUAAUUUCCGAUUCUGUUGUUCAUGGGUUGCCUACCUAA